GGCGGCGGCGGCGGCGGCGGUGCAGGCUCCCGAGUCGGUUCGGACGGCCUGUUGAGCCCCCUCCACCCGCUUCCAUAAGGCUUUGCCUUUCCAACUUCAGCUACAGUGUUAGCUAAGUUUGGAAAGAAGACUAAAAGAAGACCCCCGGCCGUUUUCCUUUUUGUUUUUAUCAUAGUCGUCGUCGGAGGCUUUUUGCACAGAGCUGUUGUGUUUUCGGCGGUGCUUUCUUCAGUUUCUUGCACUCCUGUUGACAAACGCCUCAGCAGGAGCGGCAGGAACAGCAGAAGAACAAGCGGGGGGCGUCUGGUGCCAUGACCAGGACAAGCCAGCAGAACCGUCAGGGAGGAUGCUGUGGCUCCUUAGCAAACUACCUGACCUCUGCAAAAUUCCUUCUCUACCUUGGUCAUUCUCUGUCUACUUGGGGGGACCGGAUGUGGCAUUUCGCGGUGUCUGUGUUCCUGGUGGAGCUCUAUGGGAACAGCCUGCUCUUGACGGCGGUCUACGGGCUGGUGGUGGCAGGCUCUGUGCUGGUCCUGGGAGCCAUCAUCGGCGACUGGGUGGAUAAGAAUGCCAGACUGAAGGUGGCCCAGACUUCACUGGUUAUCCAGAAUGUUUCGGUCAUCCUGUGUGGAGUCAUCCUGAUGAUGGUUUUCCUACAUAAGAACGAGCUUCUGACUAUGUACCAUGGAUGGGUUCUUACUUCAUGCUAUAUCUUGAUCAUCACGAUCGCAAAUAUUGCAAACUUGGCCAGUACUGCUACCGCAAUCACAAUCCAAAGGGAUUGGAUUGUUGUUGUUGCAGGAGAAGACAGAGGCAGAUUAGCAGAUAUGAAUGCUACAAUACGAAGGAUUGACCAGUUAACCAACAUCUUGGCCCCCAUGGCUGUUGGCCAGAUUAUGACGUUUGGCUCUGCGGUCAUUGGCUGUGGUUUCAUUUCGGCGUGGAAUUUGGUGUCCAUGUGUGUGGAAUACUUUCUGCUCUGGAAAGUUUACCAGAAAACCCCUGCUCUAGCUGUGAAGGCUCCUCCUAAAGAGGAAACUGAGUUGAAACGGCUGAAUUUAUACAAAGAAUCUGAGCCAAAACCCCUGGAGGGAACUCAUCUAAUGGGUGAGAAAGACCCUGACAUCCAUGAACUUGAACAUGAGCAAGAGCCAAGCUGUGCCUCGCAGAUGGCUGAGCCCUUCCGCACCUUCCGAGAUGGAUGGGUAUCCUAUUACAACCAGUCUGUGUUUCUGGCGGGCAUGGGUCUUGCUUUCCUCUAUAUGACUGUCCUGGGCUUUGACUGCAUCACUACAGGGUACGCCUAUACUCAGGGGCUGAGCGGGUCCGUCCUCAGUAUUUUGAUGGGCGCAUCAGCCAUAACUGGAAUAAUGGGAACUGUGGCUUUUACAUGGCUGCGUCGGAGAUGUGGCCUGGUUCGGACUGGCCUCAUCUCAGGAAUCGCACAGCUUUCCUGUUUGAUCUUGUGUGUGAUCUCCGUGUUCAUGCCUGGAAGCCCCUUGGACUUGUCUGUUUCACCUUUUGAAGAUAUCCGUACUAGGUUCAUUCAAACAGAACCACUUUCAAUUACACCUACAAAAAUAUCUGAAAUCAUCUCUACAGCUGAUGCACACAUGUCAAACGGGUCUGUUCCUGCUAGUACUGUCCCAGAGAUGAGUUCUGAAUCCGUGCCUAUAAUCUCUGUCAGCCUGCUGUUUGCAGGCGUCAUUGCUGCUAGAAUCGGUCUUUGGUCCUUUGAUUUAACUGUGACACAGUUGCUGCAAGAAAAUGUUGUUGAAUCUGAAAGAGGCAUUAUAAAUGGUGUACAGAACUCCAUGAACUAUCUUCUUGAUCUUCUGCAUUUCAUCAUGGUCAUCCUGGCUCCGAAUCCUGAAGCUUUCGGCUUGCUUGUGCUGAUUUCAGUCUCCUUUGUGGCAAUGGGCCACAUCAUGUAUUUCCGGUUUGCCCAGAAAACUCUGGGCUCCCAGCUUUUUGCCUGUGGUCGUGAUGAUAAAGAAGUUACAGAUGCAGAUCAAGCUAAUACUUCUGAUGUGUAAGACAGUUCAGCUGUUGCCACCCCUAGAUUAUGUUACUAGAUUAUGUAGAGCACAUGUGCGUAUUUUGUUCUUCAGAAUUCCAAUAAAUUGCUGGGUGUCUCUCUCUGGUUUUACCAUAGCUAUGCCUUGAGGGCCAAAAGCUAGUUAGGAAACAAGCCAGGAGAAAUGAGCUGGUUAAUUUCCCUUAUAUUUAAGGAUAGGAAAAAAAAAAUAGAGAAAGAGAACCUCAGUUUAAAUACAGAGACUAGAAUAGUAACACUGAUUUUCCCUAUUCCUCAUAAGAGUGUAAAAUUUUCCAUAGAAGAGGGAUUGGUCAGGUGAAUUAAGUUAUUUUUUGGCAGAUAUUUAUUAUCUGUACUAGAAUUCAGAUAUGUCAGUUUGCCCUAACAUUCUUGUUCAAGUCUAGUUAAUUUACUUUUUAAAAAAUCUUAUUCUCAGUUAUAUUAUAAAAACAAAUUCUCUUCCAAGUUUGAAGAUUAAAGUUUGAUAACCAGUAUUAUCCCUGUUGGUCCUAUUGCUGUUAAGGGAUUGAUAUAUAUGUGGAGAAAUGAAAUACUUAACUAGAAUUCUUGAAUAGGGUUUACGGUUUAACUUUAGAGAGCACCUUUGUAUUUUUCUUAUCAGCUAGGGCAGAAUAUUGUAUUAAGCAUAUGUAGCACUUCAUAAAAUGGUUAUUGUGUAAGCUACAGGUAAAAGCAAAGCUAUAGGGUAGAUUUAUAAUACAGUGAAGGCAUGAGGACUUCAAACGUGCCCACAGUUUGGCCAUAGAAACUAGAAGUUAAAAGUCACACGAAGGUCAAGAUCUGGACUUAACUCGUAGAACUAUCCUUCAUGAUCUCUGUCUUGGAACAUGAGGGAGUUGGCAAGUUAAAUGUAGAAAGCAGGCCCAAAUUUGGAAAGGUUUUGUUUUUAUAAAUCAUUUGAUUUACUUUUAACAUGCUCGGUAGAACAUUUUUACUUUUACUGUUUUGUACCCAGAAGUUAUUUUUACCUAGUCGUAGAGCAAAACUGUUCAUAAAUGUAUCCCUUUCAAACGUCUUUGAGAAAAAUGGAGGGAAAAAAAUCCUUUUUUAUAUAUAUUUUUUCAAAACUGUUUUGCAAGUCAUUUUGCAGCAUGCCAAUACCAGCGGCAUACUUUGCCUUAACUGUUCAUGCACUUUCAUGGAGACUGCAAUACAUACAUUGCGCUGAGCACUUUCUUUUUUCUUGAGGUUUAAUCUUUUUCUUCUUUCUACAGUAUGAUGUAAUGAUUUGCUAUGUUGUAAAAUCUUUGUAAAAUAUUUCUAUAUAAAAACAUUUUAGAAAAUCUUGA